UCCUGGUUCUGUAAGCGGAUGACCAAGUAGUGAAAUGGGUCGAGGUACCGGCUGGUAAAAAAAUAAUUGAAUCACGAUUAAAAGGACAAGACUUAAUGUACAGGACGGUUCACAUACAUUUGGUAAUCUUAAUCAAAAUUCACAGAUGAGCGCACCUUGUUUUCACCCUCACCACCACUUCAUGGCUGGCCGACCCCGACAAAACAACGCGGACUUGCUAACUAUAGACAUACUUAAUUGACGCCUUCCGUUCACAGUCGCCUGUACUCAUCUUCCUCGGCAAGUGUGUAGUGUGGACAUCGUCCGUGAUGGUCAUGAAAAUAAUUGUUUCGUGGAUAAUCUGGUGUACAUGUAACUGCAACUUAGGCACUUGUAAGGAUGAUAACACAACAAUCGUCUUGCUUAACACAACACUGUCGUGGAGUGGAGGACAACAGGCAUGUCGUGAUAGAAAUGGCACAAUGCUCAGCGAACAGGAAGCACGAUCUGAUCCGGAAGUCAUCCGACAACUGACGUCAGGGAAUGAGUACUGGACUGGAAUGCAUCAGUACUUAUCAGAUUGGAUCGGUGUUUAUGGAUGGGAAUACAGCAACAAUAUAACACAGAUAGCUGACGUCACUACACACGAGCUGGAAUGGCCGUCUCCUGGGAGUUGUCAGGAGAUCUGUCAUAAGUACAGGAUAUUUGCUAUUAUUGGAGGCUCCACCUGUAUAUGUAUCCCAUCCUCUGCAGCAGACAAUAGUUUGUUCGCUUUUGAGUCUAGCAGAGUUUCGAACUGGACUGUGUGUAGCAACUCGGAAACACCUAACACGUGCGGGGGCACAAAUAACGGCCGGGUGAUAGCCAGCCUGUACGUGGAUUCAAGUUAUUUAGUUUCAAGCGUUUCUGAUGUUGAUGGUAAUUGUAUGAGUGCUCAAUGUGAUGGGACAAGUGGAAACGCUGUUUUAAAGGCACGUGAUUGUGAAAUCCACAAGUUCAGGUCCUGUGAAAACGGACAACCAGCUACAGAUCUUACGGGACAAUCUCCAUGGAAACAGGCGUAUGAGGGCUGUUUGAAUAUUACCUCUAUUUACGCCAUGCAGUUGUCUUGUUUAUCUUUAACUCAACUUCCUCGCGCCACUAAAACGUCAUACUGGAUCGGAUAUAAAAGACAGUUCUACACGAGACAGGACAAAGGUAACAAUGUAAACGUUGCUGAAGUACAAAAAUGCCAGAGUUGUAACACAGACGGGAGCUGCCAAUACCAGAGCAAAAGUCAAUGUGGUGUGGCGAAAAGGGUGAUGUGUAGGGUUCCAUCUUCAGAAGAAGCAACAACUACUGCCCUGACACCGGAAACAACCACGGUGACAACCACUUCUGAGGAGACAACAAGGGAGACAAGUACGUUCUCAUUCUCAGAUAUAACACAAGGUGGCUCUCCACAACCAGACGGUUCCUCAAGCCCACCACCUGGUUCCGUUUCCCUCGUAAACAGAGAUAGCAAAACAAUUGUCAACUUUAGAGAUGCAGAGAAUGAAUUCCCUUGGAUGAUUGUCAUUGUUGCAGCAGGCAGUGUAGUAGCCCUCUUCAUGUUGAUCCUAUCAACUGUCCUCUGUGUUAGAAUGAGACGCAAGAAGAAAGAAAGGCCUGAGAUGGAUUCAAGAUGUAAUGGAAAUGAAGCCACUGACAAUGAUUAUAGACUUACGAACGACAAAAAACUGAGAAUAAAUGGCGAAGGUCAAGUUAAGUAUGAGAAAGAUAUUUAUGAUCAUCUGGCCCACAAUGAACAAUCAAGGCCCGAGGAAGACACAUAUGACGUUACAAGUUCUGGUGAACAGAAUGUUUACAACCAUCUGCAACUGAGAGGCAAUCUUCGAAACGAAAGUGAAAUUAAUGUGUAUGACGUCAGUAGUUCGAGUGGUUUACCUAAAAAUGAAAGUGAAAGUAAUGUAUAUAACGUCAGCAGUCCGAGUGGUCUCCAGAAUCAAGAUAUUUACAACCAUUUGCGAGAAGAAUCACCCGGGGGUAUUAGCGACAACGUGUACGACAUUAGUAGUUGUAACGAUGAUAAAAACGAUGGUAUCUAUAAUCAUCUGCAUAGCGACUCAACAACUCCAUGUUCUCCUCUGGACGAAUAUGACAUGUAUGACGUCAGCUCAUCUACUUAAAAUAUGCACAUAUUUUACGCAACAGUCAAACAGAUCAAUCAGGAAUACUUGAUCAUAUUAAUCAAGAGAGAGAGAAUGUUUGUCGACUUUAAAGCUUAUAAUGAAACCUGAGUAAUUUUGUCUAAGUCGUGUUAAGUACUUGUUAUCAAGGGCUUAGCAAAGUGCCCAACACCACUAAACAAUAUGAAAUCGUCGGCUUUGCGGGACGAACUGUCCCUUCUUCAGUACGAUAGAAAAUUUACAUGGAAACGAAAGCCAAUUUAGUGUAAUGAAAACAAAGAAAACUAGCACCUUAAAGAAACUACAAAGGUUUGGAAAAACAUGGCGUCGAUCUCAAUGGCGAUUCCAUGAAUAUUUAAAAGGGAGGGGGUUCUAUCAUUAAUUUUGAUUUUCAAAGAGGGGUUCCACCCUCAAAAUGCGUUAUUUAUACCCACUUUUUAGUAAAACAUUUUGACAAAAAGUGGGUUCCGACCCCCAGAAUCCCCCCCCCCUUUCUGGAUCCGCCACUGGAUCUAUUGAAAUCGUCAGGUUUUUCACGGAGCUAUAAAAAAAAAUUUCCAACGAGAAUCAAAACUGAACCUCUUCAUCGGACCCGUGAAAAACCUUCCUUGCUUCUUGUUUACAAACCAUAGAAGGAUAGAUGAUACAUAUGAUUUGAUGUGUUUAAUACGUGAUUUUAAUUUUAUGGCAUCUGAUAUUCAUUAAUCAUUCUUACAAAGUGUCAAGUUCUUCUUUCAUAUUUAGCCCAUCAUCUGUCAUAAUCUUUGACAAAAUUUAUAAUAGAGAUGAAAAAGAUCGAGCUCCCCAACUUCGGACCGUUUAAAAUCGGGCGCGUAGCUGCCUAUACGCAACUGCGUACGCAUCAUUUCCUAGAGAGAGAGGGGGGUAUAAUUUUCAAUCAACAUUAUAAUGUCCAUUUAAUCAAAUUCAAAGUCCUUUUUUAAUUUCAAAUUUUCAACAUCAUGUCGAAUAUCACUUUAAUGUACACUAUAUAUGUACAUGUAGUAGACGGAUUUAGAAUAGUCUUUGUUAUCAGUACAAUUUACCAUUUAUACCAGUCGAAAACAACGAAACAGAGUGGACAAUUCACAAUUCGCAAACCAAAUGUAAAGUCAGUCCAAGUACACAAGUCAGCAUAAUGAAACACUUUAGAAAAUAAUUUUAUGACUUCUUUUUGUUUUGGAAAUUGACAAGAAACCCUGUUUCUACGCCCAGAAAAUAGGCGAUUUUAUUGGUAAAACCCAGGAGCUUCAUGGGGUUUUGCUUACUGGGCUCCAGUCUCAGGGCGACCACCAGACAAACCCCUGGCCGUGCUUUGCGUACGUGACAUUUUCUUUCUGGCUACGCGCCUGAAAAUGAAUGAUUUCACGUUGUCAUUUUCUUCUACAUGUAUAUUCACACUACCAGUAAUGACACAUGUCCGGCUGAAUGACUGUCAUUUGUUGAAUGUAAAACUUGUACGGUACCAAUUUUGAUGCACCAGAUACGCAUUUCGACAAAUAAUGUCUCUUCAGUGAUGCUCAACCGAAAUGUUUGAAAUCCGAAACAACAAUGAUGUUUUAGAGCUAUUAUAGCCAAAAACAGCGUGCCAAAAAAAGUGGAGUCAAAUUCGUCUAAGGAUAAGAGCUAUGCAUGAGGGAGAUAAUCCUUAAUUUUGAAAUGAAUUUCUAAAUUUUAUAACAGCAAUUAAAUAUACAUCCGUAUUUUCAAGCUAGUAACGAAGUACUUAGCUACGGGGCUGUAGAGACCCUCGGGUACUAACAGUCCACCAGCAGAGGCCUCGAGCCAGGGGUCAUAAUGUAGAACUUAUCGUCUGAUGUGCUUCAUAGUUCGACUCCGCAUUACUUCGUUUUCGUAAUCAAGAUAGAGGAUUCCCUGCCGGUGUGACCGGUCAACAGGGGGUACUUACUCCUCUUAGACACCUGGUUCAACCUUUUGCGUUUCCAUGGGUCCGUGUAUACCCUGUUCUCGAUUUGUAUUCUUUUGAGGAUUCAUGUCUGGUUUAACACUGUUCCUUAUCUUCACAUUUUUAAAAAAUAUUUUAUAAAGGAAAGAAGUUUUAUCUAAAAAUUCCUUUAUAACUACAUAAAAAGAAUUCUGACUGUGUAAGUUUGUCUGUUUUUAUCUUGAUUUAAGUUCCUUUUGAGAUUUUUUCACUCCUGUAUAGACGUCACUAAUGAUGUAUGGCGCUCAAGGCCGUUAUCAGCAAGGGUUCUUUAUUGAGCCAACGUCUACCCAUAUAAACGCCUUAGGUUUGACGUGGCCCCGGUAUGGACGUGAAAGCCUUAAGCGCUAGUCCCGUGGAAAUCCGCGUUAGAAUAGCUUCUCGGUACCCCUAAAUUUUUGUUUGUAAGAGGAGACUAAAUGGGCGGUCCUUCGGAUGAGACCGCAAAAAACGAGGCUUCCUGUCGCAGCAGGUGUGGCACGAUAAAGAACCCUCCUUGCCCAAAGACCGUAAAUGCCGAGCAUAGGCUCUUCACCGGCAAUGUUGACGUCUCCAUGUGAGUGAAAAAUUCUCAGGCGGGACUUUACACAAUAUACAACCAACCAGCCACUAUGCUGCCGCUAUUCUCUUUAGAGAAGUCGAGAGGCUAUUCCUCUCGACUUUUCUAAACAGAAUAGGCUGCCGCAACCGAUGACUGCGUUUGUAGUUACAUGUAUAUGUAUUUUUUCAUACUCGUGAUUUUUAUGUAAUGUAUAUUUAAAACAGCAGGUUGGAUUUUCAUUACGUUAUAAGUGAGAUUAAGUGCAUGUACAAUAGAUAAUUAAUAAUGUUCUCAACCACCUUAUAUUUGCUGAAAAUUGUCACUUUUAGAAAGUGGCCUUUCCCUUCAUUUAAAUGACCUUGGAAGUUUACAACACUAAUCAUUAUCUAACCAAAAGGUCUUCAGUUUCAUGAAAAAGUAAUGUAGCAUUUAGUUUUAAUUAUGUAUCAUAUUAUUCCCUAAAUGAUAAAAUUCAGAGAGACAAGUCCGAGACAUGAGAGGAGAUCCGGACAGUAAGAGUCGUUUUAAUAUGAAUACUGACAUCAUGUAAUUUGUUUUCUUUUUAAUAAAUGGAAAUUCUAUGAA